AUGAUCGGUUGGGCUGCGGCAACGGGCGAGAUCACAUGGGACAGCGUCGUUCUGUUUAUGAUCAUCUUCUUGUGGACGCCGCCGCACUUCUGGGCACUGUCGUUGUUUUCGAGCAAUGACUACGAAGCUGCGCGCAUUCCGAUGAUGCCGAAUGUGAAAGGCGAAUUGUCGACCCGUCGACAGGCGAUGUUCUACGCCGUGAUCAUGGCGCCGGUUGGCGUUCUGCCAUAUAUAAUGGGCUUUGCUGGCAUCGCUUAUGGCGUGAUUUCAACGCUGCUCGGUCUGGCAUUCGUCUACUAUGCAUGGCGCAUGUGGGUUGCGGAUAGCCAUACACAGAUGUUGCUUGCAGCACGCAAACUGUUCCGCUUCUCACUGAUCUACUUGUCUGCGGUGUUUGCGGUUCUGCUGCUUGAAGCACUGGCAAUCAGGCUGCUAACAGCCUUUGGAGUGAUUUGA